UGCGCACCGUCACAACCCGUCCACCUUUGGGCCGGAGUGGAUUUACUUUAUCGAAUCAACCCCUCGACGCUCGGUAGAAACCGUUUUGGGGGGUGCAAAAGUGCAGUUCCUUCCUAUGACACCGGACGGGACGACGGUUGGCGACGACGGCUGGCGCUUAUCCUUCCCGGCGGUGGACAUUGUGCGUUCGCACAACCGUGGCACCGUACAGCUGGACCACAAUUAUCCCACAUGAGUGUGAAAACUUUCGAUCGUCUUUUUACGAGAAAACUGGAUUUUAAGUUACAAAUUAUGCGAAAAAAGUUCGUCCAAACGUUGGCCGCACAGCAGCUUGAAAUGUCCACCCACAUACGAGCGCCGGGCGAUAUGGAGCCCGGCAAGGAGCACAGACAGCAGCAAGCAACGCGCACAUCGCGCGACUCGCCCCAGUCGUCCGAGCACAGCCGGUCCGACCCGCAGGUGAUCGAAAUCCUCGACGACGACAACGACGUGGAGCUGAUGAUGGAACGCCACCGGAAGUAUCACCCGCGCAAGUACGUCAAUCUGCAGCAGCCACCGUCGAAGAUAUACUACGACCCGGUCGACAGGCCGAGCUCGCCCGCACCGGACCGGGCCGAUCAGCACAAGCAGGUGAAUGGGGCUGGGGAGCAGGAGGAGGAGGAGGAGGACGAAGAGCGGCAGCUUGUGAUCGAUUGUGUGCGGGAUGCGGUCUCCGCGUCGUCGUCGUCCUCGAAGGAACCAAACAACAACAGUGCGGACAUGGCGAACGGCAAUCACGCCGAGGAGCGGGACAGUAAUGGUGAACCGGCAGGUCCUACCAGCUUGCAGGCUCCUCCUCCUAUUACGAAUGCAGCGGACAAUAGUGAGCAACAGCAGCAGCAUCAGCAGAAAUCGCCAAAAAAGGAUGCCGCUCCGUCGUCAGGGUUCAAUUGGCACGUGCCACAGAAUCAGAACCUAACGCCUGUCGGACCACCGCCAGAACUUCGGCCACUUCUCCAAUGUCCGCCAAAUGUCCCCCGCCCGAGACCGGACACACCGGCACCGAGGAUGAUGAUGAUGCAGCAGCUGCAACAGCAGCACGAUCGUCUGCCACCUCACCUUCGUGGCCAUCGAUCGAAUCCUUACGAGCGUCCCCCGGCUGGCAACGAUCACAGCGCAGCGCUGGAAGCUAGGCGACGCGCUGCCACACCACAUCCCGGGGCAAUGGCCGGUCAUAGAACGCCCAGUGCGCCCCAACCAACCGCCGAAUCAGCAAGAAAAUCCGCCUUUUGUGCGCCUCGCGAAAGCAGACAACCGUAUCGGAGCGCGAUAAUGCCACCGCCACCGCCGCUAAUGCCGUCGCUGCCCGGCGCUGUGGCCAGCAGUGUCGCUGCCGCACCGCGCACUCCCUUCUACCACAAUCCGUUCCUGCAGCCGUUUCUGCACUAUCAGCCGCACGGUGGCGGCGCGCCCGAUCCGCAAACCUACCACACGCUCGAGGAGUGGUACCGGGCCGGCUAUCCGGCACCGCACCUGCUAGCGCCCGCCGAUCUCGACUUCUACUACAACUGCUUCCUGAGCAAGAUGCUGUUCGGGGCCGCGAUCGGCUACCACCGGCAGCAGCAGCAGCAGCAGCACCACGAGCAGCUCUAUCGCAACUAUCCAGCGCUGGCGAUGACACCGGGCAACGCUUUCUAUCCGCCGCCGCAGUACGGCUUUGUCAAGCCCAUUACUGCCACAGCUCCCGGGCCUGUCGCUUCCACUACUGCUGCACCGACUGCUGCUACUCCUGUACCGGCUGCGGCUAAUGCACCAUCUCAGGCAAUUAAUUUUACACAGCUCUAUAACGGCGGCGCACCAUCUUCUGCAGCAGCUGGAUACCACGCUACAAGCUUACCGUCCACGACAACCGCGCAAACCCAUCAAUCGCCGCAAAGAGUACCCCACACUCCCUACUUCAUGAACCACUCGAUACCACCACGGCCCGGUGUGAUGGAACGUGCCGGAACCCCUGCCCCAGUGCAUCCUUCAGCUCCACGGCCGUCUUCUGCUGCGCUAAUGCCACCGCCCCCGGUUAUGGCGUCGGUCUCGCGGAAACGUUCCGCUCCAUCAGCUUCACCGGCAAAGCGUCCACCUUCGGGUAGAGCAGAUCCACCCGCUUAUCUGUCUUCCCCAUCUCAAUCCAUCAGCAUGCCUCCUUCGGCAUAUUCUAUGGCGCCCCCUCCUCCAAGCAAUCAUCCACCAGCUGGCAAUGUGGCGGCACAGCACACUACCAACAGUAUGCCGCCCCCGAGCAAUCAUGCUCCCUUCGACUAUACGCAUUCAACUGCUGCUGCUGCUGCGACUGUCACUACUUACGCUACUCCUACUAUUCUUUCCACAAUGCUGUCAUCACCUGACCGUAUGCCACCGCCAAGCAAUCACCCACCGUACAGUACAGUGUCCGAUCGGUCUCCCCCUGCCAGAUCGGCAACGCCGGCACCGGGCAGAGGUAUGCCGUCUCCGACCAAUCAUCACCGAUCCCCGACCCUGGGCUCGCCUUCAACAAACAUGUCACCGGAGAGUAUGGCUCGUCCAAGCCAUCCUGCAACUUCCAACCAUUUUAUCUCGAAUGGCAAUCCUUUCCCUAAUAUAAUGACAUCUGGCAGUAUGCCGCCUCCAAGCAAUCAUCCACCGUCCAAUAUGGGCUCCCCUACUGCAACGGACACUAGUACUGCUGCUACACUGCUGUCUGCGAGUAGUAUGCCACCUCCCAGCAACCAUCCGCCAUACCAUACCACGACCUCUACUUCCUCUAUGUCGUCACCGGGAAGUAUGCCUCCCCCAAGCAGCUAUCCAUCUGCUGGUUCAUCCAACGCUCCAACUACUUCUAGCAGUAGUAUGCCGCCAUCACCAACAGUCAAUCCCAACUACUCAUCCUCAUCCUUUCCAAUGAUGCCACCUAUUAUCAGUUACUUGCUACCGCCUAUGCCACCUACCACAUCCGUUCCUUCCACUAUGUCGUCUCCAUCUACCAUACCUACUACUUCUUCGUCUUCUGCUACUGCUGCUGCUCACAAUGCACCGGCCAGUAUGCCCUCGCUCGAUACGGUCUAUGCCAGCUCGAGCAUGAUGCCACCACCCAGUACCCCAUCGACCAGCAACCGUGCAGCAGCCUCCGGCCAACCGACAUCUCCCCCGACGACUGCCGCCAAUACAAACGGCUCCAAGAGAGGUUCCCGAGCGGCUCCAAAAUCAUCCCCCUCAACAUCGCGUACACCCGAACCGCCAACUCCACCAGCACCGAAGCGUCGCAACCGGCGCGCUUCCGUCGCGGCAAGCCAAUCGCCCUACCUUACGGCACCCCCUUCCCAGUCACCGAUACCGCCACUGCCACCGACACCGAGGCCACCGCCAAUCGCCACACCGACGGACACCACGCUCGACACCACCAACCUCGGCUCGAUACUGACGAGCGUGCGCCAGGAGAUGGCAUCCUUUCUGCAGCUUCGGCGCACCGACAUCCUGACGACGAUGCGCAUCUAUACGGGCGGCCGGACCGAUUUCGCCCUCUUCCUCGCCGAGAUGAAGCGGCACAACGUGACCUACCGGGACUUUAUGCACGUCGCGUUCGCGCUGAUGCGCCGCUACGGGCAGGACCGGUUCGCGAAGGAACCACCGAGCGAGCUCGACUACCAGUGGGCCAAUCCGCCCCAGGAGUUUGCCACCUACUUUUCCAACAUACACCCCUGCACGCACCAGUUUGUGGGGGAGAAUUUUGAAUUUUUGCUCCUGGUGGUGGACAAUCUGCUGCACCAGUACUUCGAACCGAUGGAGUACUUCCUGCUGACGUACGUGUUCGGGGUUGGACCGCGCACCAGCGGGGCCGGCUGGAGCGGAUCAGAUAGAGCGCUGCGGGAGAGAUAAAAUGAACGAGUAGGAAGGGAUGAACAAUAUUUAAUGGGAGAGAGACAACAUGACAAUGUGAGGAAUGAUACCGGCGUUUGAAGGAGAAGACUUGUAGACUUAAGCCUAAUCCUCUUAAGCCUUUCUUGUUUGAUUUAAUUAUUAUUAUUUAAGGUAUUACUGUAGCGUUUAAGACACGGCAGAGUUUCAUCCUUGAACCUUGAACUGUCCGGUUUUGACUGGCGCCCUGGUGUACGUUUUGCAUAGCAAAGCGAAGUGAAGUACAGCAUCAAUUAGGAGCUCUUCGGGAUAUCGAAUAAAGAGGUCGAGGAAAGUCGAGUUUGUGUGUGCGUGUGUUCACCGUAAGGGAUGUGUAACGUUGAGGGCAAAGUCCUCACCAUUCAAACGAAGCUCUCUCUCUUACUCUCUAUCUCUCUAUCUCUAUUGAAUUAUUAUAUAUUCAUGAUUGGAAGGCGAUUUGACAAAGAAGUAGAGAUAUGUUCAUUUGCUUGAAGAAAGCAACCGAGAAGUUAAGCAAAAGCUUAACCAUAAACAGCAAAGAAGCCUUAAGCUUGCGCGCAGGAAUAAAAAAGAAUUACCAUUAUCCUUCUGAAGGCGAACCAUUUUCCUCGCAUUUUGUAGCAGUGUAAGCAUUUCCUUUUGUUUGUUAAGCUUAAGCCCUUUACUUAGCUUUUAAACAAUAAUUUAUAUUUAUGCUUUUUUGUAGAUAUGCAAUACUUCUCAAUCCAUCUUUUGUGACAUUUGCAUGCUUUUCCUCUUUUCAAACGUUUGCUUAACAUUUUGCAUUUUUUUUCUCUUCUAAUUAUUAUAUCCAUUCUAAACGAGGUAAGACAAUCAUUUGCAAAUGAGAGAAUAGGUAGUCGCUCUUUUGGUAAACUGAUCCCAUGCUGUGUGAUUUUAUGCAGGGAAAGAAAAACACCAUAUUUAAACAACACACUUUUAAAGCAGUACAAAGAUCUUACAACAAUCAAUUGUUUUGGCUUAGCUCCGUUCGACUUAAAUGUACAAAUUAUGUUUUCGGUGUAUAUGAAAAUAGCAGAACAGUAAUACGAAAUUCAAGAUAGAAUAAAGCAGUAUCAAAAAACCUCACA